UUUGAUGCUGGUGCCACUUUGGUGCAAGAGGACUAUUUAAAAAUGUCUUACGUCUCUAACAGUCAGUCAGACGUGUCUUCUGUUUCUGCAUCAGCAGGACUUAACUUUUUAAACAAAGUUCAGUUUGAUAUUGGUUCCAGUACAUCCCAUGGAACCUCUGAAACCAGCGGUUAUCAGGGUAAUAUCACAUAUUCUUUAACUGAGAGCCAUGGAGGAGCUUUAUUCUACCCAGGCAUCACUCUGCAGAAGUGGCAAGAGAGUACGCUCAAUAAUCUGGUGGCUAUUGACCGCUCCGGGCUGCCAAUUCACUAUUUUUUUAAUCCAUCAACAUUCCCAGACCUCCCAGUACCAACAGUAAAUAAAAUGGCUUCAUCAGUUCGUCAGGCUGCAGAGCAAUACUAUGAAGUAAAUACUAUUCCAGGUUGUGUAAAUCCAGAUUCUCCAAAUUUCAACUUUCAAGCAAAUGUAGAUGAUGCAUCUUGUGAAGGUCCAGUCACCAAUCUUAGCUUUGGUGGCAUUUACCAACAAUGCACUGCACUGACAUCAGAUGGAAAUGCUAUCUGUGAUGAAACAGCACAGAAAAACCCAGCUACUGGUGAUUAUUCUUGCCCUCAGCAGUACAACACCACCCUGUUACGCUCUGAGACAGUAGAACGAGGUUAUAAUCAUUAUGAAUGCCACAGACACUGUCGCAAAUGUGGUUUCUUAUGGUUGUCUACUUGUUGUGACCAAACAUGUUGUAAUGUUAACCGUGUUCGUCGUGCAAAAGUUGAAACUUACUGGUGUUCCUCAACUCAGAAAACCCCUGAGUACUCUGGAUAUCUUUUUGGAGGUCUAUUUAGACCAGGCAUGCAAAACCCACUGACCAAAUCUAAUAACUGUCCUCCAAACUACUUUCCCCAACACUUUUUGUCUAAUGGCAUGAUGGUUUGUAUGAGCAAUGAUUAUGAGGCCGGAACAAGAUUCUCUGUGCCUUUUGCUGGUUUCUUCAGCUGCCAAUCUGGCAACCCUCUCGCAAAUGGUCAAAAUCGCUGUCCACCUCAGUUCAGCCAACAUCUUGCUGCCAUUAGUGAUGGCUGUCAGAUAUUGUACUGUGUCCAGUCCGGUGUGUUCACUGGUGGUCAGUUAAUACCUAUCCGCCUCCCACCAUUCGCAAGACCACCCAUGAUCAGCAUGAUCGCAACAAACACUGUAGCUGUAAUGACAGAAGGUGAUCAUUCUUGGGUGAGAGUUGGAGAAACUAAGAUGUGGAGACUGGCAAAGCCUGAUGAAAUUAAUCAAAUGGCAUCAAUGUUUGACACAUCAUCUUCUCAGAUGUCUGGAGGAGAAAAAGCUGGUGUAGCCAUUGGUGUAAUGAUUCUGGUUGCUCUUGUGAUGGCAGGAACAGUGUUUAUAAUGAAAAGAAGAAAGAGGUUUUCUGCUAUCAGGUUAGGGAGAGAGUAUGAAGAGAUUAAUAGCGAGGUCCGUAACCAUCUGUACACAGUAAAGGCGUAUCCUGACUUCACUCUGGACUCCCGUUUUGCUCGACAGGCCGAGGAAAUCGCAGAUGCUAUUGAAAACAAUCAAACUCGUCAAGCAACAUAUCUGUCAGAGAAACUCAUUCUUGAUUAUGGCACCCAUGUCAUCACAAGUGUUGAUGCUGGUGCCACUUUGGUGCAAGAGGACUAUUUAAAAAUGUCUUAUGUCUCUAACAGUCAGUCAGACGUGUCUUCUAUUACUGCAUCAGCAGGAUUUAACUUUUUUGACAAGGUUAAAUUUGAUAUCGGUGGCAAUACAUCCAAUGGAGCCUCUAAAACCAGCGGUUAUCAGGCAAAUGUAGAUGAUGCAUCUUGUGAGGGUCCAGUUACCAAUCUUAGCUUUGGUGGCAUUUACCAACAAUGCACUGCACUGACAUCAGAUGGAAAUGCUAUCUGUGAUGAAACAGCACAGAAAAACCCAGCUACUGGUGAUUAUUCUUGCCCUCAGCA